AUGUUCUGUCGCCACCUCUGCAGCACGUCCUUCGCGGCGGUCGCCGGCCCCGGCCCGUCGCGCCCGCCGCCCCGCGCCGCCGUCACGGCGCCCUCCGCGCGGCGCGCGACGAUCGCCGUCGUGCCCCACUCCGCGGGCAAGGGGCUGGUUGGGGGCCCCGCUGGGGGCGAGGGCGCGGUGCACCCGGACCCGUCUCAGCCGCUGUACCCCGGGUUCCAGGAGGAGAAGGACGUGAGUCACCAGGCCUUCCUGCACGCCUUUGAGGCCGCGCGGCCCCGCGCCAUGAGCAUCCCCGGCAUGCAGCUGGCAUGCCCAGCACCAAGGCUCCGCGAGCAGCAGCAGCAGCAGCAGCAGCGGGAGUUUGCCGCGUCGAUCUGGAACCGCCGCCGCAGCAUUCCCAGCCAGACCUACGCCGAUCCCCUGGACCACAUCUUCAACGAGGCGAGGGGGUGGGGUGGGGCACGCAGUGGGGGAUUGCUGGGGCUGGAGCACGCAUUCUUCCAUUUGGGGGUGUUUGACACGGACAGCGACGGCAAGCUGACUGCCGGCGAGAUCGCCAAGGCCCUGGCGGCCAGGGGCGUGGCGGCCACUGAGGCGCAGGGGCACGGCAGCAGCGUGCAGCUGCCACUCACCUGGGGCGUGUUGCUGUGA